AGAGCAUAAGACAAUAUAAUGAGAUAAUUCACCUAUCCAUCCAGCCAUCACUCAGUUCAGCAGUUUUGCAAUUCCUGAAUUCAGAAAUCGUUUACCAUUCUAAGUUCAGCUAGAAAUAAACAAAAUUGAGCUUGAUUCUAUAAUUUGAAUAUUUUUACGUUCGUAACCCACUAAGUGUCUUAAAAACUAAGUAUCCCAGUAAAUGAUAUUAGCAAAUUUCGGGAGAAACCAAUUUUAAGGAUUUUGGCAUUUUUGUCUUAUUACACAAUUAUCCUAAUUGGCGUUAAUUUAAAAUUGAAGUUCUGUGGUUAAAAAGGCGGAAAUCUAUUGUCAAAAGUUGUUUAAUUGAUUUUUAGAAAAACUUAAAUUUACCAAUAAUUACCUUUCAAUUUUCAGAAAAGUAAAAUAGUCGAAACUAAAUUUUUAUUUAAAAUGGUUUACUUCAAUUUCAACAUGAGGAAGGUACUUAAAUUUUUAUUGCUUACGGCCGUUGUAUUUUAUCUCCUCGACGCCGGAGUCGAUGCAGGAAAAUCCCGUAGACGAAGAAAAAAAGACCGGCGUUCAAAACGUACCGACGCCGAAAAAGAAGCGAGGCGAAACCGCAAGGAACGAAAAACACGGGAAGAAAACUUCGGUACCGAAGUGAAUGAAACAAAACAACCCUUUCCUACUUUAGUACAAUUAUUAAGGUUACAGCAAUUGCAAGGACAUAAAGAUAAACUUGAACGGCCCAAGAUUCAGCCUUAUAAUUAUGAGGAAUUCGCUGACACUAUGGUGCAACGAUACAUGGAUAAACGAAACGAGAAGCCGACCCAAUCUGAAGAAAUCGCGACUGUCCUUCCAGUUGUAAAUGCUCGCGUUGAUUUUCUAAUAAAACGAGAAAAAUCGAAACAUUUUUACGAGCCAGAUUUGACAACAAGUAGCGUCCCUGCUACACAAUUGGGACUCGUUACAGUCCACUCAGCACGCGGGAAAUACGGGCUCCAUUCCCGCCCUGACCCAGUAUUUGGACGCUUGAUUCAUGUUAUAGAUGCUGAACGCUCCAAUUCAAACUUUGGGUGCGGUACGGCUAUUGCUAAUAAGCAUGAAAUUCCCCAAAAUGACGAGCCAUGGAUCGCCCUUAUCCAGCGAGGACAUUGCGCAUUCUUCAGAAAAAUCAAACUUGCCGAACGCAACAAUGCAUCUGCCGUCAUAAUCUACGAUCACAAGGAGGGGGAAGUCCCGAAAAUGAAUACGAUAGGAACCAAUAUCGUGUCUCUCGCAAUCAGCAAACACGACGGACGUAAAGUAGCCAGACUCGCCGACAGCGGGACAAAGGUUGUCGUUAACAUUGAUGUCGCGAUUCCAACGUCAGACAGCACGACAACACCAGACAAUUCAGUACAUGAAAGGUUACUUUCCACAGACGGAAAUUCAUCUGUGACGAACAAUGGAGCUAUUAUUACAACAUUGUUCGCUGCUAUAAUUGCAGUUUUAUUUCAAACAAUGACGUCAUAAAACGGAUUAUUACGUCAACAGACUCAUUUCGAACGCUUCCGCAUUGAUAUCGGAAACGAACGAACUAAAAAAAUUCGAAUAAAAAGAGUUUCGAAUCGAACUCCGAAGUAACGAAUUAUCUCAAUUAAUCCGAAUCUCAACGAAUACGAACUAUCACACGAGUAUCCGAAUUUUGCAUGCUACAGGAUUUUAUCAACAUCUGCUUUUCUAACUUUCUGGAAGAAUAAAGCAAAUGCAAAAAGGAAUGAAAAUGCUCGAGUCCGCUAUGAUCACCCACAACGUUCAACUAAUACUUGAAAAAGGAUUUAAAGACCAAUAGACAUCCCCGCCGUCUUAUCAAACCCCCAAUUUCGUGCAACAAUGGGGCUUGUAGAAACGUCGUAUUUCGAUGGCUUCAUCAUCAAUGAAGUUUUUCUUAUUUUAUCGAGGAGUCGCCAACCCCCCAAUUCAGAAAAUAAAAAGAAAAGACAAUCUUCAGGCAAAAUUGUUUUACUCAAAUCACCCACGACAGAAGCCCCCGGUCCGUGCUACAGCUGAGCUGAUAGAAGCGUUUAAUGAAUUCGUCAUUUAUCUAAUAAUAUAUAAAUAUCAAAAAUAAAGAAAAGACAAUCGUUAUAAAAUAAUUUACUCUCCGGUAUUCGUCGUAAAGAACGACACACAAAUCCGCGCGCCUCUCGGUCCGAUUUUACAACGAGCGUUGACUACAUAUGAAAAUUGCUAUAAAAUAUGAUGCUUUAUAGUUAGUGUCUGGUAUUUAGAGUUGAUAAUCUUCCAAUUUUUUUGGGGUUCCCCCUCCCUGAUUAAUUUUUUUUUCUCAAUCCACAUUAAUUUUAAAACUUUACUUUUUGAUUGAAAUAACAUACUAUUGAUUUUUAUUUUAUCAAAAUUUUAUUAUUUUCAACGUUAAACUAUUAUUCCAACUAGACAGACAAUAUCGUUAAAUUAUCAUCAUAUCAUACAUGGUCGUAGAUUGUAAUUCACAUUUGAAUCUACGUAUGAUGUCAUAAUAGUCUGCCGAUAUUUUCAAAUCUAUGGAUUCAGCCUAAAGACGCAUCAAACUUGUAUUUUUAUUAUUUUUUGAAUUUUUCGCCUUUUUUGUUAGUUUUACCGAAUUUUUUACUUUUACGAUGUUCCUCCCUCAUUAAUUAUAUUUCGCACUGUGUAUUGUGACGUCAUGGUGUUAUUGUUAUUACUAUUCUUUCACGCAUUAUUUUGUAAUAAAAUAUUUCACAAUUCACAAUA